AUGUCCCUCCCCACGCACUUCACCCUGAACACGGGCGCCCAGAUCCCCGCCGUGGGCUUCGGCACCUGGCAAGCCAAGCCCCUCGAAGUCGAGCACGCCGUCGAGGUCGCCCUGCGCGAGGGAUACCGACACAUCGACUGCGCGGCCAUCUACCGCAACGAGACGGAAGUGGGUGCCGGCAUGCGCAAGGCCGGCGUGCCGCGCGAGGAGAUCUUUCUGACCGGCAAACUGUGGAACACCAAGCACGCGCCCGAAGACGUCGAGCCCGCGCUCGACAAGACCCUGCACGAUCUGGGCGUCGAGUAUCUGGACUUGUAUCUGAUGCAUUGGCCUGUGGCCUUCAAACCUAGCGACAAAUGGUUCCCCCUCGACCCAUCCGGGGUCUUCGAGCUCGCCCCCGGCACCGACCCGAUAGCCACCUACAAGGCGAUGGAGAAGCUCCUCGCGACCGGGAAGGUCCGGGCGAUCGGCGUGUCGAACUUCACGGCCGCCCGGCUCGACGACCUCCUGGCGAAGGUAGACGUGGUCCCGGCGGUGAACCAAAUCGAGGCGCACCCGUACCUCCAGCAGCCCGAGCUGCUGCAGUACUGCCAGCGCAAAGGCAUCCUGGUCGAGGCGUACUCGCCGCUGGGCAAUAACCAGAGCGGCGAGCCGCGCGCCGUCGACGAUGCGGUCGUGCAGGCGGUUGCGGAGGAGGUGGGGUUGGAUGCGGGCCCGGUGCUGCUGAGCUGGGGCGUGCAGCGCGGGACGGUCGUGUUGUCGAAGAGCGUGACGCCGGCGCGGAUUCGGGCGAAUCUGCAGGUCAGAAAGUUGGAGGAAGGGGUGAUGCGGCGGUUGGAUGGGCUGGAGAGAGGGAAGAGGUUUAAUUUCCCGGCCAGGUGGGGGUGUGAUAUCUUUGGGGAGGCUGGGGAGGAUGCGGUGCGUCGGGCGGCAGUGGAGGCUGCGGAGGAGAAUUUGGUGAAGUUUAAUGUGUGA